AAACAUGUGACCGCGGAUCGUUAUGAAGGGGAUUUUCUUGCAUGCAUUACCUUACUUGCUAAAGUUGAUUUUGACAAUGAGGAUCUAACGUACCAUAGACAAUAUUGUGUUGACCGAGGGCAAGGUUCUAGGCCAUGUCGUGCGUCAAAACGUUUUUAAAGAAGGGGGAUAAAAGGACGCUUAAAAGGUUGCCGUCUCCGAUCACAGUAUCCGAUCACAGUACCUGUAUCUAAAGCGUAAAUACAAAGUCGUGAAGCAGCAGAAUGGACGUCGGACCUCUAGUCGCCGCUGACUACACUGGCAUUAUUAUCACUUUGAUCAUUUUAGGAACAUGCUGGGAAAAUAUUCAGCUUAUCAAAGAUGUGCAGCUCAAGGUCGCAAUUCUGGCGUUUUUCAUCUGUUGGAUCAUCGCACUUUCUGUAAAUUGUUUCACUUGGCGCGCUCUUGGGGACGGCAAUAUCGAUGGUUUCCUGCGACUCAAUAUCGUAAAUUCAACCUUCUGGAACAUUGCGAUAUUGGCCCAAUCGUACUAUUCCGUGCGUCGAACGUGCAUGAUCUAUCACCUGUCUACCAAGCUCCAAAAUGCGAUUCCGGUUUCACUGAACAUCAUUCAAGCAGUCAUCCAAUUUACUGCCAUGGCGCUCUGGAACAUUGAUUUUAAACAGUACUAUGGAACGUACGCGUCCCCAGCAACCGGCAAAUCAGCAAUAGCCACAGUCUCCUAUAUCAUUCCGGCAGAAAUCAUCUACUUCAGUCUUCUGCAGAUCAAGAUUGCUCAAUGCGCCACCGCCUUCGAUCGCAACAGGAACUGGAGCAAGCUCGUAGCGCUCUGGUUGGAAGCAAUUGUCCGUGUUGCUCUCUACGUCGUCAUCAUAGCGUUGAGUUACACAACGGCGUCGAAUUAUAUUCCUCAGAUCACGUACUGGUCUUUCGUAAUGGUUUUGCCUGCGAUGAUACCCGUAAUAUUCUUGACAGACAUCAAUCGCUUCCAGAAGGCUCUGAAGAAUAGAAGCAACCACAAUGGCCCCAGCAGUCUGGAAUCCCAACGAAAGCCUUCCUCGGUAGGAAGGGAAGGUGAAUCAGUGCACAUUAAAGCUACGGCCACUGCGUCCGGGACCCAAAAUCACUAGAAGGCUGCCGGUCGGCGAGAUAAAGAUUGCGUGCAGAUAUUUGCAUGUGAUACACAUUCUACCUACGCUAGGUGCCAGAUGUUCGGCUAUAUCGUGGAUCAUGUCCGUAGACCCGCGUUGUUCAGAUCUAUAAAAGUUUGAAGUUUAUGAUGGGUCAAGGGUGCUAGAUACCACCUAGUUAAUGCUAGCUCUCAGUUGGGAUUGGAAAUAUACAAGUGACAUCCUACCGAA